AUGUCUCGAUACGUAAAGAUCGACUGUCACUCUCAUUACCUCCCACCAGGAUACCGUGAUGCUUGCGCCGAGAACGGACACAAAAACCCAGAUGGCAUGCCUGCGAUUCCGCAAUGGAGCCCCGAAGCACAUCUGGAAAUGAUGAAGGCCGUAAACAUCACCAAGUCCAUGCUGAGCAUUAGUUCACCAGGCACGCACCUUGUACCCGGCAAUAAUGAGUUGACCCGCAAACUCACGAAGUACUGCAAUGACUACGCAGGGGAUUUGAAGAAACAGAAGCCAGAGCAAUUUGGGUUCUUCGCAUCACUGCCCCUGGCAGACGUGGAAUUCUGCUUGCAAGAAAUCCCACGGGCUCUGGACGAGCUCGACGCAGAUGGAUUUGCGGUAAUGACCAAUUUCGGGGGUUCUUAUCUUGGUGACAAGAUGUUUGACCCAAUUUUCGACCUAUUGAACCAGCGGAAGGCCAAAGUCUUCAUGCAUCCGACCACGCCAUGUCUGAAGGACGGGACGGCAGCCACUCCCUUACCUGGUUUUCCUAGACCCGUGUUUGAAUUCUUGUUCGACACGGCGAGAGCGGUCAUGAAUCUGUUCCUAUCAGGGACAGUAAGCCGUUGUCCUAAUGUGACCUUCCUUGUGCCACACGUGGGCGGAGCGUUUCCCCCUUUGAUCAACCGAUUCUCCGGCUUUGCUGCGGCUGUGAAGGUGCCUGGUGUUGACGCAUCGGUCAAUCCUCGAUGGGUGAAGGAGAGGCUGAACAAGCAGUUCUAUUUCGACUCGGCUGGUUGGGCAUUUACGGAGCAGAUGAAAGGAAUGCUGGAGUAUGUUACGGUGGAUAGGAUGCUGUAUGGCAGUGAUUUUCCAUUCACAUCACUUUCCUAUGUUCAAGCUUUGUCGGAUCAGCACGAUCAAUAUCUGCCUGAGGUGUUUCCACGUGAGGAAGACCAGGAGAAAUUGUGCAGCAAGAACGCAUUGCAGCUGUUCGGUAGCAGGAGCUUGUUAUGA